AUGGACUGCACGCUGGACAACGACCGUUCCUUUGGCCCCUGGGCCGGCGGCUGUCGAGGACAGUUCGACUUCACCCUGCUCUUCGAGGAGAGCAUUCUCACCCUCAUUCCGGCCGUUGCGCUCCUGCUCGUCGGCCCGCCGUAUGUCUGGCACCUGCUGGGGAGAGCCCGCAAGGUGCAGCAGGGGUGGUGGUUAGCGGGCAAAGUGGCUGUUUCUGCUGCGCUGGCCCAGCUGCAGCUCGUCCUGGUGGUCCUGCGCAGCUUGGACGCAUACCGCACGCGGGCAACCAUCGCCGUCUCGAUCGUCUCCUUCUUCGCAAGCCUGCUGCUCGCCGUCCUGGUGUGGCUGCAGCACGUCCGCACCGUCCGCCCUGGCAAUGUCAUCCUCGCCUUCCUGUCGCUCAACGUCCUGUUUGAUCUCGCCAUCGUCCGGACGCUGUGGCUCGUCCCCGUGAGCCGCGCCAUCCCCAUCGUUUACACCACCGCAUUCGCCUUCAAAGCCUCGCUGCUCGUCGCCGAGAGCGUCGAGAAGAAGCGAGCGACCCUGCUGCCGAGCUACCAGCACUACGGACCCGAGGCGCUGGCCGGCUUCUUCAACCGCGCGGCCUUUGGCUGGGUGAACCCACUACUCCUCCGGGGCUCCAGGGAGAUCCUCACGCUGCGCGACCUCCUCUCGCUCGACCGCAAACUACACUCGGAGGGGAUCCAGGCUAACGUGACGGACCACUGGCAGCGGCAUAGACAGUCCACCUCGCGCAAUGCCUUGCUGUGGACGCUCGUCGGCUGUUUCAAGUGGACGCUGCUGGCUGGUCUGGUCCCGCGCGCCUGCCUGGUCGCCUUGACGGUUGUGCAGCCUUUUCUCAUCGAGACGGCGAUCAAUCUCAGCGCGGCGCCCUCGACGCCGGUCAACAAGAACCAUGGAUACGCCAUGGUGGGUGCGUAUGCGCUGGUGUACACUGGAAUUGCGGUCACCACCGGCCAGUUUAGCCACAAAUCCAACCGGCUGGUCGUCGAGAUCCGUGGUGGAUUGGUCGCCGCCAUCUACCGCAAGACCCUAUUGCUCCCGUCCAGCGCCGCCAGCCCUGCCGCCGCCAUCACGCUGAUGAGCACCGACAUCGAGCGGAUCGCUGGCGGCGUCACGCAGGUUCACGAGACGUGGGCCAGUGUGGUCGAGCUCGCCAUUGCCAUCUGGCUGCUGGAGCGGCAGCUGGGUGUGGCCGUCGUGAUCCCCGUCGGAUUCGGCAUUGUGGCGAGUAUCCUGGCUGUCAUCCUGGCCAAACGCGUUACCAAAGGCCAGACAGCGUGGAUUCUGGCCAUCCAACAGCGCGUCGCCACCACCGCCGGGACGCUGGGCAUCAUGAAAUCGCUGCGCUUGUCUGGUCUCGCCGGCCCAGCAUGGCAGAUCAUCCGCGAUCUUCGGAAAGUGGAGGUGGAGGCGUCGAAGCGACUGCGCAAGAUCUUCCUGGGGACAAUCAUGCUCACAACCGCCACUCCCGUCAUCGCCCCGGUCCUGACCUUUCUGGUCUAUGCGCUGACGCACCGUGGCGAUUUGAGCACAACACGCGCGUUCACCUCGCUCUCCGUCUUUGCCCUGUUGACCGGGCCCCUGGCGACCCUCUACACCGCAGUUCCGACCCUGAUCGGUGCCCGGGCGUGCAUCGAUCGCGUGCAGGAGUAUCUCCGCCUCCCCGACCGCGAGGAAUCCCGAGUCUGCGGCGCACUCAAUCCGUCCACGACCACCGUCGAAUCCCUGUCUAGCAGAGACAGCGCCUCCGAGAAACAGGCCCGGGUCAUGGCUCGGUCUCUAAUGGCUCGCCACACGGUGGUCGUGCACGAGGGCGCCUUUGGCUGGGCUCCCGGCGCCGAGCCGACCCUACCAGCCAUCAGCUUCCGCAUCCAACGGGGAACGGUCAACAUGGUCAUUGGCCCCGUUGCGUCGGGCAAAACGACCCUCCUGAUGGCCCUCCUUGGCGAGCUUCCUGUCUCUGAAGGCUUCGUCGGCCUUCCCCGUGGAUCCCCGGUGGGGACCGUCCAGCAAGGUAUUCUUGGGGUCUACCAGUACCAGCCCGCCUGGUACCGCACCGUCGUGGCGGCAUGCGGACUGGAGCCCGAUAUUGCGAGCUGGCCGCUGGGCGAUCAAACGCAGGUCGGCAGCAAAGGCGUGACUCUCAGCGGCGGGCAGAGGCAGCGUCUGGAUCUCGCCCGGGCAGUCUACAGCCAGCACGAACUCCUGCUCCUGGAUGACUGCCUGAGCGGGCUAGACAACGACACCGAGAAGGCCGUCUUUGACCGUGUGUUAGGGCCGCAUGGUCUCCUGCGCGGACAGGGUCGCACCGUCAUCUGGACCAGCUCUAAUCCUCGACGUCUCCCCUCUGCCGACCACGUUAUCGUCCUCGGCUCUGAGGGCCGGAUUGUGGAGCAGGGAGGAUAUGAGGAGCUCCUGGAGCGGGAGGGAUACGUCUUCGGCCUCUCGCUACCCCCUGUGAAGGAAGCAGCCCCCCCAUCUCUAGCGGGCAUCGAGACCCCCGAGACCCAGACCCAGACCCAGAGCGUCGUCAGCCAGCUCCAGGGCUCGGUCGAGAAGGGGCUUGGGAUGACACCGAUUGCCCCUGAUGUAGAGUCAGUCGACGAAGCCGACGCCGGCCUCAAUGUCCAGCUCCCCUCGGAAGAGGACCUGGCGCGCAGUACAGGUGACUGGACCGUGUACCGAUUCUAUUUCAAGGCUUUUGGCUGGUUUGCGGUGGGCGUGUUUUUGUUUUCCAUGGUCAUCUUUGUGUUUGGGACGUCGUUCCCCAACAUUUGGAUCAAAUGGUGGUCCGAGAGCGAGCUCGAGCAUGCGGGCGCCGAGACGGGCAAAUAUGUGGGCGUUUAUGCCGCGCUCGGGUUCGGCUCUGUCCUCGCUCUCAUCGUGGGCUGUUGGGAUGCUUUCCUGUUCAUGGUCCCGGACUCUGCGCUUCAUUUCCAUGGAGUCCUCGCCGAUACGGUCUCCCAAGCCACCAUGCAUUUCUUCGCCUCUACCGACAUUGGAACCACGCUCAACCGAUUCAGUCAAGAUCUGAUGCUUAUUGACAUGGAGCUGCCCUCGGCGGCGCUGAGUGCAGCAAUCGCCGCCCUCACCUGCGUCGGGCAGAUUGUCUUGCUCGCUGUUUCGGCCAAGUACAUCGCCCUCGCCGUGCCCCUGCUCUUCGUCGUCUUCUACUUCCUGCAAAAGUACUACCUGCGCACCUCCCGCCAGCUGCGAUUCCUCGACCUCGAGUCCAAGUCCUCCCUCUACACCCAGUUCGAAGAGAGUCUCUCCGGGCUCGUCACGCUGCGUGCCUACGGCUGGCAAGUCCAAUACGCGGUGCGCAACUUCCGCUACCUCGACACCACGCAGCGGCCGUACUACCUCCUGCUUUCCAUCCAACGAUGGCUCAACUUUACCAUCGACAUGAUCAUCGCCAUCAUGGCCAUUGUUCUGAUCGUCCUCGCCAUGCAGGCAAAGUCGCUGGUCAGCCCCGGGUAUACGGGCGUCGCGCUCUUGAACAUCAUGUCGUUUAACCAGACGAUGAAGUUCCUCGUCACCUCGUGGACUCAGCUGGAAACUUCUAUUGGGUCCAUCUCACGUGUCAAGGCCUUUGCCGCUGCGACAGAGCGCGAGGAUACGGGCGAGGAUGCUUCUGAGCCGCCGGCGGACUGGCCGUCGCGCGGUGAAAUCGAGAUUCGCAACCUGUCGGCGUCUUAUACCCGCGGAGAGCCAGUGCUCCACGACAUCAAUCUACACAUCCGUCCGGGCGAGAAGGUCGGCAUUUGCGGGAAGACUGGAAGCGGCAAAACGUCUCUGAUCCUCUCCUUGUUCUGCAUGAUGGAGAUCGAAGGGGGCUCCAUCGUCGUGGACGGGGUUGAUCUGGCGACUGUGCCGAAGGAAGUGGUGCGCCAUCGCCUGACAGCGGUUGCGCAAGACGCGCACACCUUGUCUGGCACGGUGCGCUUCAACGCAGACCCAACAGGUACAGUGUCGGAUGCGGACAUCACGGCGACCCUCCAGCGAGUGAGCCUGUGGGACUCGAUUGCCGCGGCCGGCGGCCUGGACGCGGAGAUGGCCCUGGUCCCCUUCUCCCACGGCCAGAAGCAGCUCUUCAGUCUGGCACGGGCGUUGAUGCAUGGGUCCCGCGUGAUUGUGCUGGACGAAGCGACGAGCAGCGGCGACAGCGACACCGAGGCCCUCGUAGCGGAUCUGCUGCAGAACGAGCUCCGGCACUGCACAGUCAUCUCGGUGGCCCACCGGGUCGCCUCGCUGGUGGAUUUCGACCAGGUUGCGGUGUUUGGCGGCGGGCAGCUCGUUGAGCUGGGCAACGCCCAGGAGCUGCUGCUGCAGGGGAGUUCUACAUUCGCGCAGCUGCUCCACUCCGCAUGA